GUACGAACCGAGCACGACGACGCGAACGAGUGUACGCGCCGCUGCCAGUCUCGCGAGCGCUCACGUCUCUCUCGCCUCUCGCGGAAAAUACACAAGGCAAAGGGUGAAACAUCAGCGGGGGGUUUUAACAGCGAGGGAGGUGAAGAAGAGAGUAAAAGAGAGAGAGAGAGAGAGAGAGAUAGAGUGAGAGGGUGCGCACAGGGUGGUGAGAACAAAUAGAGGAAGAGAGACAGGGAGAGACCGACGUGCUACGACAUGUGUCUGUGCUGAGGAUCGUAUUCCCCGACCUAAGGGUGCACCCUGAACGAAGGGAGACCGGCUCUGACGGCGGCAAAGAGAAGGGUGAGAGAACACGAAACGGUGAAAAAGACGGGCAGAAAUUUCUGCGUGCGUCGUCGCCUUCGGGGCUAUCUCGCCGUCGUCUACGCGGGACCACCGAUGCAGACCUUACGGAAAAAAAACAGUCCGUGCAAGUUCAAGAACGACCCAACCCGCUUUCUUGGGGAGGGUGUGUCGUUCAAGGCAAAACUGAUUGGUAUUUUGGAAGUAUCGGAAGCACGCGGUGACCGGAUGUGCCAGGCGGCCUUGGCUGACCUGAAGAUGGCGAUUCGCGCCGCCGGCGAGCACAAGCAACGAAUCGCCGUUCAGGUCAGCAUAGACGGGCUUCGUCUGAGGGACGAGAAGACCGGGGACUGCCUGUAUCACCAUCCGGUUCAUAAAAUAUCGUUUAUUGCUCAAGACAUGAGCGAUUCGAGAGCCUUUGGAUAUAUUUUCGGGUCACCGGACACCGGGCACCGAUUUUUCGGCAUUAAGACUGACAAGGCGGCGAGUCAAGUGGUGAUAGCGAUGCGAGACUUGUUCCAAGUAGUAUUCGAGCUGAAGAAAAAAGAGAUCGAGUUGGCGAAACAGCACAUAGAGCAGAAUACCAUUAACGCAAUUAAAUUUCACACAGGCGGUGUUUUCGUUGAGCCGGCGCCCGACACCAAGGGUGCGGCGGGCACAGAAUCCUCAUUUCAUCGAAUUCGCACGACUAACAGCGAGGUCGACAAGCCUGCCGAUCGCAAGAACGAAUUGCCAGGUGGCGUGAUCGCGGAUCUGCUGGAUCUUCAUUUUGAACUAAACUUAUUACAGCAGGGUAUCCAUCUGAUGGACAAGAUCACGCCGGAGAAUCCGCCGCCGUCCGCUGACGAUCUGUUCGAGACCGAUCCGUUCGGCGAUUCCUUCGCGAACAUGAAACUUCAGGAGACAGUUCGUCCGAUUUUGCCACCGCCACCUUCUUCUUCGAAAAGGGGACAUCUGGAGCGACAACACACUGUGCCUGCGCACAGUACCAGCACCGCGUCAACCACAUCCAGUCCGGCGACGACGUUAGUGAGUAAAACGCCACCUCCGCAGACUAACACGAUACAUUGGUUGGAAAAAGAGACCACGGAUCUCUUCAACGACAACGAGCUCGCAAAUUUGAGUAAGAAUUCGACGAAGAAGGAUCAGGAGGACAGCUCAGUUGAAACCACACCACGCAACACUCAGACGAAGAGCCCGCAGAUCGACGUGUUCACGGAGCUGGAUCCUCUGGGAACCGGCCUGAUCAAGCCCUACGUGGACAAGAAGGACUUCUUUCAACAUCUGAAGAAUCCGCCGAAGAAGGUACUCAAGGACUUGGUGUCAACCAGUUCCAGCGACAGUUUCCCGACGAACUUCAACAUCACGGCCACGAUGGAGUGUCUGGAAACUCCGAAGAUGAUCAAGACGAUGCAGAACGAUCUGACAACGAGAGACAGCGAGGACAGCAAUUUUGCCAACUUCGACCGAUUCGACGAGAAUGAGACUACCAUCCCGAAGAGAGCCGAUUCGCCGCCGAAAAAGGAAACGGCUGCAAGAUCGAUCCAUCAUCAGCCGCUCUCGGUGUCUUUGCCGCCGGAGGAUGUGACGCUGUCUAAAGGACCGAUCGCGUCAUCCACAACCGCUUCGGGAGGAAGUUCGAUUCUUCGCAGCAUGGACCGAGACUCGACCGAGUCGACGCACGCGCUGAUAAAGUUACCGAGUCCGAAGAAGUAUCUCUCAUCAGUGCGGAAACGAGACUUCGACAUGGAACUGCCAGCCGGAAAAGCGCCGUCUAUAAGCGACGCUAUGAAGCAAUUUCCGAUGGACUUCUCGGUGACGAAUGAAUCGCCAGCUUCGCCGUUGAGGUCCUGCUCGUCGGACGCGAACUCGCGUCUGUCAAGUUCGAGCGCGGAACUGAAUCUGGAUCUGGUGCCUGAACCACCGCCCAGAGGUGCGGGCAGCGUUUUCAUCAAUCCACCGCCGCUACCGCCGAAGAAACAAAGCGUCCGAGGUGGCGCGAGACCGCCGCCCAGACCGCCGCACACGGAGGGACACUUCCAGUAUGACUUUCCGCAGCGCGAGACCUCGCCGUCACCCACGAAGAUCGUCAGAGAUAAGAAGAGUCCGCCGAGGGAGAUAAAGGGUCAGUUCGACGACAAUUUCAGUCCACCACCGCAAAUGCCCGUGAGACCGGACUUUAUAAGCACGACGACUAGCACCACAUCCGGUUUCGAUGACUCUUUUAAUACGAUAAUAUCGUCCACGACGUCAAUGUCGUCGCCCGUGACCAGCAGUAGCGCCGGUCCGAUCGCGGAUUCCAAGAAGACAAAGCCACCGCUGGAUAUCACGCUCAGUCAGCUGACGUCAUCCUGGACGAAUCUGGACGAGUUGGCCAGCAGUCUCGGGAUGACCGUACAGGAGCUGACGAGUCUGACUUUGACGCAACUCACGCAAUGCCUGGCGAAUCUGUCGAUGAAGGAGGUCGUUGCCGCGGAGGAAUCCGUUCCGCCAACGACAACGACGACCGAACAGAUCACAGUCCCGCCUAAGCCUACGCUCUCGUCGAUGGCCGCGUCGAAACCGCAGACUACUACCGGUUCGAUCUCGACCUCUUUCGUAUCAUCGGAGUCGUACAAAACCAGUUUUUCCGAAGCGGAACCGAAACAAGAUCCCACGUACGACAAGUACGCGGUCUUCAGAGAGUUACUGGAGAUGGAGCAAAUGAAAGAAGACUCAAAGGUGGAGGAAGCGACGACGAAAGAAGAAGAAGAAGAAGAAGAAGAAAAGGAAGAAGACCAAAAAUUUGAUACAAGCGAACAGGUUGUCGGCGCUGAAGCGGACAUUCAACCGGAAAUGCGUAGCUGCGAGACCGCUUCGGAUUCGAUAACGUCAUUGGUGAAUUUAACCGUCAAGCUAUCGUCGAAGAACGAAGAUUUGUUGAGGGAAGAAGCCUCAACGAAGGUCAACGAGGCGACGACCAGCGCUCUUACGAGUUCGACGGAAAAAGAAAAAGAGAAGGAAAAAUCAGCGGAAGUUGAAGACAGAGAAGUCGAAAAAGAAAACGAAGUGAUAGCGGAAGCGGACAUCACAUCCGACUCGUCCACGGUUCAACAAACGGAAAUAGACGUUGAAGAUGAUACGGAGAAGACGCAGACGAUCAUGGAAGCGGAGGAGAAGGCGGACAACUCUGAGAAAGGAAGCGACGCCAACGGUACGUCUUCGGAUAAAGUCGGUUCGGACAUUCUUAACGACGAAACGAACGGCUCGUCUGUGGCCGAGAGAUCGUCGACGGAGAUCAAAUCUUCGACGUCAACGUCGACUUCGAGCGACAGAUACGCCGCUCUGCGGGAAAUCAUUGGCGAGCCAGAACCAGCGCCGAUCAAGAAAGACGACGAGGAUGUGAUGAGUUCCGCGCGAGCGUCGCCGGUGAUACAACCUCAGCAGCCGUCUCAGCAGCCGAAGAAUCUGGCCGAUCUGCUGAAUUUAUUCUCAAAUCUACCGCCACCGUCGUCGAGCCCGAAUAUCUCGGCUAAGAGAGAGUCCACCGAUCUGAACGCCGUCGCGAUGGACAUCUUCGAGGAGAUCAAGAUGUUGAACACAGGCGAGCAUCGCGCCAAAGACACCAAACCGCCACCCGCGUCCUCGGGCUUCGAGGAUAUGUUCAGCCCGUUUUCGGAGACAACGCGACAGGAGAAAGACGACAGUAAAGAGGACAGUAACUGGGCCAAGUUCGAUACGGGCAUUUUCGUCUCGUCCGAUAGAUCGUCCUGCGAGGGGCAGCGCUCGAUAGGCGGCACCUCGCCGUGGUCUCCGGACGGUAAAGACUUUCACAGAGAGGUGCCGUUCAAAGGCAGCGGCGGCGGAGGAUAUCGACACUCGGGAGACAGCGACAACGAAUGGAAGGACGAAGAGGAGAGCGAGGAAAGUAACGGAAAAGUGCGCGGGGACGGCGGCAGGUUCUGGUCGGGUUCGCGACAUCCGCGAUUUGACGCGCCGGGUUUCGAUGACAGAUCAUCGUUCUACGAGGACGGCGAGAAGCGCGGAGGCAGCUUUCACGAGAGAAUGGACAGAAAGUCCCGCGGAACGCCGUGGACGAAGAGCAGUCACCGUCCGCGCGAUCCCUCGCCCUGGCACGAGGAAAGCCAGUGGGAUGACGAGGGUCCGAGACGAUGUAGAAUGCACCGAAAGGUGCAGCCCUACAAGGACGACGAGGAUCAAUACGAGGCGCACUGGAAGUGUCGGCCGAAACCACCGCCGCAGAGAUACAAUUGGCCUCAUGACGGUCACGCGUACUACGACGAGGAGCGCAAGCGGAAACUAAUGUUGUGGAACGAAGACGAUCGAUUUGGCAGCGAGGAGAGUAUGGGAUACGACGAGGAGGAUCGAUGGGGCAGAAGAAGGUACGACAGAAGAAGAUGGGAGGAAGACAACAGAUUCUGGGGCAGGAGAGGACCUCCCGAUGCCGAAUAUCCCAUGAGAGACGCGUAUUAUUAUUAUCGCGACAGAGAACGACCACACGACUAUCCGUCUUGGGACGAGGAAUACGGACCGGAACAUCCGGGUGACGAUUCGCCUAGGUACAAUCCGGCUACUAGGAAAAGACACUGGCCGAAGAGACCUAACAGCGCGAACGACGGUCGUAAUAAUGACAUGGUAUACACGGAUCCGCGCAAAUUCGGCGGUACGUCCAGGUCCGAGUGCAGCGACAACGAUUCGGAUCUGUAUCUGCGAUCUUCUCAACGAUCCAGAAGUCGCGAGAGCUACUGGGGCAGCGAUCAGGAAUACGACAGCUGGAUGGAGCGGACGUACUGGUCCGAGGGUCCCGAUUCGAUCAAGAACGAGAGAAUGCAUCGCAAACGAGUGAUGAGGCACAAGACUCGACAGGCGCCGAAGACGCAGAGUCCGUUCGAGGACGAUUUCGCAUCGAGCGUCGAGCACGUGGAACCAACGUCCGGUCCGAGCACGGUGGAGACUCUGACGCCGGUGGACGGGCGCGUACGACCAGAAAUCUCGGAUCAGAAGCGCGAACCGCCACCCGCUAGUCCUUCGCCCGGCAUCAGAGCUCCGAAAGAUCACGGUUCCAGACGGGAUGUAAGCAGAGAGUACGGUAAACGGUCGAGCUUCUUCGAGGACGACCUCACACCCACGGCGAGCGCAUCCAGCGACGCCUCCGAUCGGCAGAGACUGUCGUCCGAGCUUAAAGCGACGCCGGAAGAACUGCCGUGCGACACCGCGAAGGAUCCGCAACAACCUAUUGACGGUUUUGCAUCCGAAGACAGCGGCCGCGAUUCCUUCUUCAAUGGCGACUUGAGGUUCGACGACGACGCGUUCGUCUUCAAGUCCGAGUUGGAAGACAACGUGCCGGACCACCGGGCCACCACGUUGCCGCUGAAGAACACCCGGCAAGGAAAAUACGGUCCGGGAAAUAACAAUAACAAUAACAAGACAGCCAGGGGCGAUCAGUACAUCCGAAAAUCGGAGUCGGUGAACAUCUUUGCGAGAGAGAGCGAUCCGUUCGAUGGCGAUGACUUCUUCAAUUAAUUCGUGACGGAGAACAAGAUUCGCCAAGAAACCUCGCGCUAAAUUCAGUGACGCCGGUGUGAAUUAGACAAUUGGAAGAUAAAUAUUUGAUGAGAGAAAGAGAGACCACGGUUUUCGUUGCACACUCGAAAAAAACGUCGGCGGAUCGUGAAAAACUCGGUGGAGUCCAUGAUACUUUGUUCUUAUCAAAAUUUCCGACUAUAGCGAUUUUAAUAUAGCAAAAGUAAAAAAGAAAAAAGAAAAAAAGAAUUUUAAACGCGGCUCGAAUGUUUCAGAUAAAUGUUUGCUGUGCUUGUCUCAUUUCACACAAUUCUUUCGAGAUAAAAAAAAUCUCAUCCUAUAAACGUUGAUUCAGAAACUAAAAUUGUUUUUUUUGCGCGACGUAUUGUUUCAAUUAAUUUGUUUUAAUUUAGAAUCAUCUUUGUUUACACCUACGUCUUCGAAAAAGAUCUUUCGACUGAAAAUUGCCGAUCAUCAAUCUUUCGUUCGAAAGUUUCCGACGAAUGACAUUUUUGAAGCAAAACACACACUAUUUCACACACAGAAAACUAGUCAUUGUUCUAACAAAUAAAUCUGUACAUAUAUAAUAUUGUUGCUGUAUCGAUUAAGAUUACUUCGUCGAUAAAAAAAAAAAAAGAAAAAAAAAAGAAAAAAAAAAGAAGAGA